AUGGCGGCCACUGCCGCACCGUCGAGGAGACCUUCUGACGCCGAGUGGUCGCUUCACCUGCCUCGGAUCUGCGAUCUCUACUAUGGGCAGCGAUUCACUCUCGAAGAUACGCAGAAUGCUCUUCAGCAGGAGACUGGAUUCUAUGCCACGCUGCGAAUGUACAAGGACCGUAUCCGCAAUAUGGCUGUCCAUCCUAAGAAGAUAUCCAUGGAGAAGUAUCAGGCUAUGGGCGUCGUUGCCGAAGACUUUCAGCGGCGAGGUAUCGGUGCUUACUUCGUUGGUCCAUCUGGUUUUCAGAUGUUCCGGAGGACACCGGCACAAAUAACAAAACAGCUGCGAAGACCUCACAAUCUCCGGCCUAUUACCCUCGAUCAGGCACACUUGGUACUGCAGCAAUCCAGUAUCCAAGCUAUAAUUGAGCACACGUCUCCCACAGCACAACAAGUCCCCAUCAACCGUGGCGAUCGGUCCGAUGCAGGAAACUCAGAGCUAUCUUCCGUCGCAGAUCGCGAACAUCUUGUCAAUCUAUCUCUACCCGAAUCUGAAACCGAGGAUAACAACGUGACGCCACAUUUCGAAAGUGGUCAGGACAGUUUGCUGGCUGCGAUCGAUCGCAGCCGCUCAUACAGCCGCAGCAGUCUCCUCGAUGUCUCAAACGGGCUCGAGAGUGCGUCAGCGGCAUCUGUAGCAUUUCGACCUGAACGUCCAGCGAACACGCUAAGCCUCGCCGGCGUGAAUCUCCUACCUGAGCGGCUGUGGGAUUCACGCCCCUCGAACAGGCAGGAUGACUCGUACGACUUCACCGCGGAAUUUCGAGCUCUGUCGAUGACUGGCGUCACACCGCCACCUAGCCCCCUCGACAGAUCGUUGGAAGUGGCUCGAAUGCUGCCUCCACCAACUGAGUACCACCGGCGAAGGAUGGCGAUAGAAUGCGCAGCCCCUUUCUUCCUUCCAUGCUUUCCGACUACGAAUAACACACAGACAGUCGGGUUCUCGAAAUCAGCUGCCAUGGAAAGAUUUCGCUACAUUCUCACUACAACGCCCGAGAAUCAAUACGUGCUGCCACUGUUGAACUGGAUGAGCACUGUUCUAGUGUCCAAUGGCAAGUCUACUCAUUUGAAGGACUUUGUCGAUGAGUGCUGCCAAGUUCUGCAUGACUGUCCCGAGAACGGCUUUCCCCUAUCAACGCCUUAUUUAUACUUGCAAGCAUUUUGCAGCCAGUCUCCAAGCGGUAUGGCGUUCCACGGCUCGGACUUUGCGGCUGGAACGGAGAGGUUGACACAGACGUACGGCCCAUCCCAUCCAAAUGUCCUUGUCAAUGAGUACUAUCGUGCUUGGCAUGAAAUGUCUCUACCAUUUGGCUGGGCAAAGGCAAGAACCAUCUUGGAGGCUUGUCUAUCUCGCUCAGAGACUGUGAUGGGGCAUUGCAAUCUAAUGACGAUCAACUGUCUUGCAAUGCUUGGUCGCGGCUGCUCUGAGAACAAUCUCUACGAAGAAGCCAGAUCUACACUAACAGAUAUUGUUCAACGGUUGAAUUCGAUUGCGGACCCGUUACAAGCAUACAGGCUUAUGAUGUUGCAGCGACUUGCAGACGUAGAGGAGCAACUCGGCAGUCUCGAUAUGGCCGAAGAGCACCGCAGAGAGGUCUACGAAGGUCGUUUACACUAUCUCACAGCACUCAAUCCAGAGACUAAGGCGGCAAUGUGCUCACUAGCAGCUUUACUCCGCAAUAAUGGACGUCGAGGGGAAGCUCAGAUGAUUGAACAGCAUUACGAUCAGGUGUUUCAGCAGCAGUGUAACGAAGAGUCCUCGGAGAGUCACAUUGGGCGUCAGGACUCACAGUGGUCGACUCACAAUCAUGCGCGCGUUGAAGUGCCUGGGGCAGGCCAGAGUUAG